GAUCAUGCGAGACGCAACAUGGCUGCCCCCUCACAACGACUCCGUUGUUUUGGGGUGUAUAAGGUAUCUUCCUAAGGUUUCAUGUAUCACUCAGGAUGUGAAUCCAGUGCAUCAGAUCGAGUCAACAAUGUGCGAGGAGAAUAAUGGAGCUGCUGCAACGUCUGCAGGCGACCUGCACCAAGAUUCUCCUCUUGCAAGGCAACCGGGAACCGUGGGAUCUUUACGGGGCUUUGGAUCGGGUCACACAUCUUGUUGGCGAUGUUCUCUCACAUGGCAUCAAGACUGGGUGUCCAAGAUUGGGCAGCCUUGACAAUCAUGUGGACAUAGGCCUGGGACUGACCAAGAGUGAUCUCCGCAUCAGACUGUUGGAGAAGGACAUCACAGCCAUCAUCAGGUUAUCAGAUGAGAGGGGAGUUUUGUCUUCCCAAUACCUUGAAUGGGCAUUCCUCUCGCAACCUGCUCUGAAAAUAUCCUUCCUCACUGUACUUGAUGAGCUCUUUGCCAAGAAGCUGAACAUUUUGCCAGCUGCAGUAAGAAAGAUCAUGGCAGAUACACCUAUAAAGGCAGUUCUUUCAGUGAAUCCAGCAUCAAUCCAUGAAUCAGAUGCAUCUGUGAUACCAGAACUUCCAAGGAUGUGCUUGACAUUCCAGGCAGAACCUUUGCCAUUGGCAGAAGUGGAAUGCUCACCUGAUGGUGUAUUGAGAACUUCAACUCCUGUGGAACACUUGGUGGAAUGCAAUAUGAACCAGAUGUCAUGUGUGCAACAGAUGGUUCCAGAUGUGGUGGCUAGCACAGCCAAGAAACUUCCUCGGCGUAAACGACAUCAUCUUGAGAAGGAUGUGGACCAGUCAACUGCUGAACUGGAGCGUGAAAAUGCACAUUUCCACAUUUCAGAAGCUCUCAUUGCAGCCUUAGAGCAAAUGAAAUGCAAUGCAAGUUCUGAUUUUGAAGAGAGGCAUCUUCCUCAACCUCUGCCUCCAAAAGGCAUUCUCUCUGAUGGUCGGACUGACAGCACAACAACAGCCACAGAUGUCAGUGUGAGUCCUCAAGAGACAUCAUAUGAAGUUGAGGAAGGGCAAUCAGACAGUCUGUUAUCAUCAGAAGAUGAGCAAACUGGAGAUACACGAAGCCAGCAGUCUGUCAUCCCCUGUGACUCCCACUCCCUUUCACAAGGGACUGAAGUGAACCCAGCAUCAGCAGAGGCAGUUGCACUGGCACUACUGCAGAAUUUCCGUGAUAUUCCAAUGCCAUCUGGCUUGAAAGAUAUUCAGUGGCUCGUCUCGGAACAGGAUGCCCCUCAAGCUUUGUUACCCUUGCCAACAAGUUACCCAGUGAGUCCAGAUGGGACUGAGUACCCACCUCUUCUUCGAGGAACUUCUGACUGGGCUCCUCCCCGACCGCAGAUCAUUCUCUCUAUCCUUCCCAAACCAAAGUGGAAAGAUAUGCUCACAAAGCAGAGGUUGCGUUGUGCUGGCUGUGGUCUCAAGGUCCAUCCGUCACAUGGAAAGCAGCUCCUCUUCUGCUCAUAUCUUCAUAGACUCUUCUGCUCCUCCUGUCAUGAGAAUAAGAAAUCUUUGAUUCCUGCCAGGAUCAUCCACCGCUGGGACUUCCAUCGGUACCCUGUUUCCAAUUUUGCCCUGGACUUCUUGGUAAGCAUUGAGGAAGAGCCUUUGUUUCCCCUUGAGGAUAUCAACCCAGAACUUGUCCAGAGAAACUGGAAUCUAAAGACUGUAGCUCAUCUUCGUCUUCAGCUCUUUCACCUCAAAGACUUCAUUCUCACCUGUCGCUUUGCUGUUAGUCUGUCAUUGCCUUUUGUUUUGGAAGGCCUUCCUGCUCACCUUUACAAAGAUCCAGGCCUGUAUUCCCUUGAAGACAUGAAGAAGAUCCAUAAAAAGGAACUGGCCAAGACCCUUCAACCAGUCAUCGAUAAACUCCAAGCUCACAUCCAUGACUGCGCUGUGCGGCAGAGGAUGAGAUGGUUCGUCCUGGUGCCAGUAGAUGGCAGACCUCACGUUCUUAAGCGGCAUCUGCAGGCGGCAGUGGAUGAGUUGGUUCUACUGGUGCCAGUAGAUGACAGACUUCACGUUCUGAAGCGGCAUCUGCAGGCGGCAGUGGAUGAGAUGGUUCUUCCUGUAGAUGACAGACUUCACGUUCUGAAGCGGCAUCUGCAGGCAGCAGUGGAUGAGUUGGUUCUUCUUGGUGCCAGUAGAUAG